UAGCUCGUUCAUCCACACACUACUAGAGUACCAAAUAUACCAGCAGCCAGCCGCGAUCGAUGGCGUCGUCCCCGGUGGCCAUGGGCACGGCGGUCUUCCAGCCGGGUCCGCACCCCGUCGCCGCCAGGCACGUCGACCAGAGCCAGGUCUCCGGCGUGCCCAAGCCGCUCAUGGUGGUCACCCCCGCCGACGCCGGUACCUACCCGGUCGCCCUCUUCCUGCACGGCUGGAACCUCUUCAGCAGCUGGUGCGAGCGCCUCCUUUCGCACGUCGCCUCCCACGGGUUCAUCGCCGUCGCGCCCCAGCUCUACGGCGUGGGGGCGAUCAACUUCGACGACCCCAAGGACAUUAAAGCCACCAGGAAGCUCGCCGCCUGGCUCGCCGACGACCACCAAGGCCUCGCCCACGUCAUCACCGACGUCUUCGCCCUGCCCGGCGUCAACCCCGACCUCUCCAGGCUGGCGCUGGCCGGCCACAGCCGCGGCGGAGACACCGCCUUCGCCGUCGCCCUCGGCCUCGACCCCCAGCAUAGUAUUAAUCCCAACAACGACGCCGCCGCACCACCGCCGCCCAAGUUCUCCGCCCUCGUCGCCGUCGACCCCGUGGCGGGGCUAUCCAAGCAGGCGCAGGUGGAGCCCAUGGUCCUGACCUUCAAGCCGCGGUCCCUCCACCUGGGGAUGCCGGUGCUCGUCGUCGGCACCGGCCUCGGCCCCAAGCACAUCGGCGGGCCGCCGUGCGCGCCGGCGGGGGUCAACCACGCCGAGUUCUACGACGAGUGCGCGCCGCCGCGGUACCACGUCGUCGUCCGGAACUACGGCCACCUGGACAUGCUGGACGACGGCCUGCCCUACGUCAUCAACAACUGCAUGUGCAUGAGGAACCGUGAUCCCAAGGGCUCCAAGAACGACGCCAGGAGGACCAUCGGGGGAGUCGUCGUCGCCUUCCUCAGGGCCACGCUCCAGGACGACGACCAGGACCUCAUGGUCGUGCUCAGCAACCCUCGAGGCCUCGCGCCGGCGGUGCUGGAUCCGGUCCACCAUGAUGAUGAUGACCUGCGUGCUGGCAACUGAUCCAUGAGUGUGUGUGUAUAUAUAUAUAUCAUGCAGCAUGCACACUCUCUAUCUCAGUAUCUCUUGCAAUAUAAUAUAGAUCGAAUAAAAAUGUUCGCCACUUGCAUGCAGGAA